AUGGGAAAUGGUUUAGUGAAACCCAAGCAGCUGAGAGAGCAGAGAAGUAACAUCAACAACAGUACCAUGAAGCUUUGGAGCAACUCUGGGACAAGGGUAAAUGUUAAAACCACAGGAGAUAUCAUCCAAGACCGAUUACUGGAAGUUGAACUGGAGAAUAAAAGAAAAGAUGACCAACUGCAUCAGCAGCAGUGCAAGAUUGAAGAACUGGAAAUGCAGCUCAGCCAGCAGACCUGUACGAUCGCUGAAAUCACAGAGGAACUACAAGCCAAAUGCAUCCAAAUGAACAAACUCCAGGACGUUAUUAAAACUCAGUGUGGGGUCCUGUUUCAGCCAUCACCGUCACCACUGAGAACUGCUACUAAAAUGAUGACUCAGUGUACCGGUGUACUCAAAGAGACUACCAACAGGAGAGGAGCUAAGGAGGGUGUGUCAGCAGAACCUACCACCAGGACGUAUGACUCCAGCAAACUGCCUGUGUUUUCCAUGGAGGGAGCCAGGGUUCGAAAAGAUUCAGGGGUGAAGAGGCUCAUUACUGCGGCCUUCAACAAGAACCAGUUUCUUAAACGAUUGGAGAUGCAGCAUAUCCGAGACAUGGUAGAGUGUAUGUAUGAGAAAAACUACCAAGUUGGUGACUACGUUAUUAAGCAAGGCGAACCUGGAAACCAUCUUUUUGUACUGGCAGAAGGCAAUCUGGAGGUCCUUCAAAACAGCAAAAUUCUAACACUGAUCGGCAUUUGGACUGCAUUUGGUGAACUUGCGAUUUUAUAUAACUGCACAAGGACAGCAUCAGUGAAAGCUGUAACCUGUGUCAAAACCUGGGUUCUGGAUCGAGAAGUCUUUCAGAAUAUUAUGAGAGGAACAACUCAGGCGAGACAUGAGCAAUACAGAAACUUCCUCAAAAGUGUUUCUUUGCUUAAGGACUUACCAGAAGAUAAACUUGUGAAAAUAGUAGACUGUUUGGAAGUGGAAUACUAUGACAAAGGAGACUACAUCAUCCAGCAAGGUGAGGAAGGAAGUACCUUUUUCAUCUUGGCAAAGGGAAAGGUUAAAGUCACUCAGAAAACAGAACUGCAUCUGGAACCACAAACGAUUAAAGUCCUGCAGAGAGGAGAUUACUUUGGGGAAAAAGCUCUGGUUAGUGAUGAUGUCAGGUCAGCUAACAUAAUAGCUGAUGAAAAUGGCGUGGAAUGUCUUGUCAUAGACAGAGAGACAUUCAAUCAAACAGUGGGUACAUUUGAUGAACUCCAGAAAUACCUUCAAGGCUAUGUUGCAGAGUUAGCAAGAGAUGAUGCGGAGAGGCAUGUCAAAACAUCCACUUCUGUACAAGAGGAAGAAAUCUCUUUGGAAAUGAUCAAGCUGAAGGAGAAAGUAGCCAAGUUUUCUCCAACAUCACCAUUCAAAAACCUUGAGAUUAUUGCCACCUUGGGGGUAGGUGGAUUUGGGAGAGUUGAGCUGGUUAAAAUGAAAAAUGAAAAUGUUGCAUUUGCCAUGAAGUGCAUAAAGAAAAAACACAUUGUUGAUACAAGACAACAGGAGCACAUCCAUUCUGAGAAGAAGAUUCUUGAAGAGGCUCGCUCUCCAUUUAUUGUAAGACUGUUUCGCAGCUUUAAAGAUAACAAGUGUGUUUACAUGCUGUUGGAGGCUUGCCUUGGAGGAGAGAUCUGGAGCAUCCUUAGGGAUAGAGGCAGCUUUGAUGAGCUUACAUCAAAAUUUUGUAUUUCAUGUGUGACGGAAGCUUUUGAUUACCUACAUCAUAUUGGAGUUGUCUACAGGGACCUGAAACCAGAGAAUCUUAUGCUUGAUACUGAAGGAUACAUAAAGUUGGUGGACUUUGGAUUUGCUAAGAAGAUUGGCAGAGGUCAGAAAACAUGGACAUUCUGUGGGACAGCUGAAUACGUGGCCCCGGAGAUUAUCCUGAACAAAGGCCAUGAUUUUGGUGUGGAUUUCUGGUCAUUGGGAAUACUUGUCUUUGAACUACUUACUGGCAGCCCACCAUUUUCUGGCUAUGAUCAGAUGAUGACCUACAACUUAAUUCUGAAAGGUGUGGAAAAGAUGGAUUUCCCCAAGAAAAUAACAAGACGACCUGAAGAUAUGAUUCGUAGGCUGUGCAAGCAAAAUCCAUAUGAACGCUUGGGAAAUCUGAAGAAUGGAAUCAAUGAUAUUAAGAAACACAGAUGGCUCAGUGGUUUUAACUGGGAAGGAUUAAAAGCCAGGACAACACCUUCACCUUUAAAAAGAGAGCUUAAAGGUCCAACAGAUUAUAGGUAUUUUGACACCUACCCUCCAGAUAAGGACGUUCCCCCAGAUGAACUGUCAGGUUGGGACAAGGAUUUCUAG